GGAGUGGGGGGGUUAUGAUUAUUUUCUGAUUUUUAUUUAUUUUGGGACCGAGCCAGAGAGGGACUUAAGCUCCUCCUGUAAUGGACGUUAGUUAUCUUGAAGUGCGCGAGCGCGCGCACUCGGUCAGAACGCGCGUGCUCGCUGGCCAGGUCCGGUGCAGAGAGUGAUCAAGUUAAAGCCUCGAAUCCAGUGAGAGGGUCUACAUGAGGAACGCAGAGAGGAACGCAGAAGCACCGUCAGGCUCUACAGACUGAACAUUCCAGAGAUCAUAUCAGGAAUAAUGCUGGAGGCGACAUUGUGAUCACUGACUCUACAGAAAAAAGUGGAAGAAGAAGCAUCAUGGCAUGUUUUAAACUGGAGAAUGUUGAGGAUUUAUAUGAAAUCAGGGAGGUACUGGGCAGUGGUCAUUUUGGGCAGGUGCGUGAGGUGUGUGAGCGGGCUACAGGGAUCCUGUGGGCAGGGAAGUUUCUGAAGCUGCGGCGUGGUGCAGGGAGCCGCCUGGGCCUGGAGAAAGAGACCGUGGAGAAAGAGGUGGAGAUCCUGCAGAGCCUCCAACACCCGAACAUCAUGGCUCUCAAGGAUGUGUUCGAAAGCAAGGCAGAGGUGGUCCUCAUCGUAGAGCUUAUUCGAGGCGGUGAGCUGUUUGACUUCAUCGCUGAGAAGGAGAGCCUGACUGAGACGGAUGCGAUUGAGUUCCUGAAGCAUGUUCUAGAGGGAGUGCGCUACAUGCACAGCAAGCACAUCGGCCACUUUGACUUAAAGCCUGAGAACAUCAUGUUGUCAGAUAAGCGGGCCCCCAAUCCUAAUAUUAAAAUCAUUGAUUUUGGCAUGGCCCACUGCUUUCUACAAGGAGAGGAGUAUAGGUGCAUGGGCGGCACCCCUCAGUAUAUUGCACCUGAGAUCAUCAACAACGAAUGUCUGAGCACAGCAGCAGAUAUGUGGAGUAUUGGUGUCAUCACCUACAUUCUGCUGAGCGGUCUUUCUCCGUUCCAAGGCGACACAAAUGAAGAGACGCUGAGGAACAUUGUGGAGUUGAAGUACCAGUUUGAACCGCACUACUUCAGCCAAACCAGCUCUAUGGCCAAAGAUUUUAUCCAGAAGCUACUAGUCAAAGAGCAAAGUGAGAGGAUGACUGCUGAGGAAUGUCUGAUUCACCCCUGGAUUAAACCUCUCACUAGGACACAGAUAGCGAAGAGAAAUCGCUCUUCCAUCAACAUGAAGAACUUUAGGAUGUUCAACGCUAAGAGAAAGUGGAAGAUGUCCUAUAACAUGGUGUCAGCCUGCAAUCGCCUGUGCAAGCUCAAGCUGAAUUGUAAGACCAAUGCCUUGGAAAAACAAGACCUGAGAUCUUGUGAGAGCGACCAGGAAGACACCGAGACAAAAACCGCCUCUCUCUUACGUCGCCGACUCAGCAACAGUUCCUAGAGGAGGGACGCGGCAGUGAAAUCAUCUGCAGAGCAUUAAGGAAAGCAGGUGGAUGGUUUCUUGGUAAAGACCUAUACCGAGAAACAUAAAGCUUUGCGGGCCAAAGAAAUUUUGCUACUCAUCUUGUACCCGCAAUGUUUCCUACUGCAGCAGGAAACGAUAGUGGGCCAAAUCCACAGCAUUCUGUAAACUAAUAUGCAAGUUUAUUCCCAGACACAUACCUCUAUGAUUGCAUCAUCUAAAUGAUGAUGAUUCAGCUUGAUGUCCUCACAGAGGUUACAGCCCCAAAAAACCUGAGCUGUGCUCCAGAACUUUUAAUACGCCCUUCCAAACCUUCCAUUGCCUGCUUCCCUUGGGAAACAGCAUCUUAAGUGCCAUUACAUGAAGUUUGUUCGAUGACCCCUUGGCGAGAAGAAGUCAAUAUCAUUGUAGACUUUAAGAGUACGUUUUUGUGAACUGAUGCAAUUUUCCGUUUCAAACACAGCAAAUGAAGGUGUUUUUAAACUUUAAACAACAGCACAAAAUAUUUAAUACACCAAAACAUUAAGCAUUUGCUCUUAUGGUUUACACAGACUCCAUGUAAAUAUGCCCAAUUAACAAUAGCACAAUAGUUAGCUAGCCUUUUGUACAUAGCUUAAAGGAAAUAUAUACGUCGACUACAACAAAAUCACUUCAAAUGCAUUGUGGCUGCCAAAACUGGUUGCACUCAUAUCGAACAUUUUGCUCUCACUCCUCUCUCCGGGCUGGAAGUGUCCACUUGUGUGACGUUUCCAAGUCCUGAGUAAAGUCAACAACGGUAUUUUGAGAGCUGAGUCAGAUUUAAUAUGAACAUCCUGGAAUUGUUUAGAUACUGGUAUUUGUGCUAAUGAAGCAUCAAGCUGGGAUAUAUCAAAGGGAUUUGGGAACAUUUACUUGAUGAUAAAAGGCCUUCAGGAACGGGCAGACUCUUAAGUUGUGUGCCUUAACUGACAUAAAAUAUAACCACUGAUUUCUGGCUUGUGAAUCUUUUACUGAUAUCACACCUAAAAUCGUAGACUUGUUCACACACAUUUAAUGGGAUGCGUGUUUGGUACAAAGCCAAGUUCCAGCUGAGGAGUAUCACACUGUGUGUUUAUGCAUUCUUAUCGUGACUGUUAAAUGGGUCAGUUGUGGAAUGCUGUAACUGAUCAUUUUUUGGUGCCAAGACUACUAGGAGUUGGAAAAAGAGUCCAAUGAGAAAGUGAUGUAACUGAGGGUCAUGUUGUACAUUUAAGUAUUGUACGUUAAAUAUUUUUCCUCUCUAUCGCCAUCUCUGUUUGAAACAUAAAAUUGCAAGUUACUUACGGAGUUAUUUUGUACGUGCGUUGUGCUUCGGCAUUGCUCCUCUGAGCGGAUGAAUCCGAUGGUUUGAGUUAUUCGUAUGUGUUGUAUAUUAGCUCCAGUACUUUUCAACGGAGGUGGUGGUGGAUAUGGUUUUCUUGGAGUAGAAUUGAGUUCCCCUCUCUCUCUUUGCUAGCAGAAAACAAGUGCAAUUUACCACAUUGACCAUAGCGAAACAAAUAAACAAACAAAAAUAAACAUAGGAAACAUGAUACCUAGCCGAUUUCAAGGACUGAGCCACUGAAAUGUCUUACCUCUUCAACAGAAAAGUCUUCAGUCUUCAAUCCCUUCAGAGUUGUCACCACCUCUCAAAAGCCAUGCUGCUAUUUAUUCUCGUUUUAGCACGGGCUUUGUCGCUUUCCCUUUUUGACUGCAGGCUCUCCGCAGUUCAGAGGUUUCUUGAUUUUGACAGCAGCUGAUUCUCCCAGAUGCUGACGGUGAUUGCUGUUUAGAACAAUCCAGAUUAAAAGCAGCUGUCUAGAUGACAAGUUUAAAUUGUUGUAAGAAUAAGCUACAAACACUCCACCAUCCUCAGCCCCCACACACGCGAUAUAGUAGUCGGCUUUUCUUCUUUGUGUUUACGGACGUGACAUAAA